GCGUGACCGACAAGCGGGGGGGGGGCGAUCCGGCGAGGAAGUGAAAGGGUCGCCGCUGCCGCCUCCGCUCCCUUCGCCAUGGCUACGUGUUCCUGGGUUCCGAAGGUCUUUCGUAUUCUUGGGGGGUUCAGAAUUCAGAAACAGGUGACCAGAAAUUUUGCAAGUAAUCCUCAGACGGUAACGUUGAUCCCAGGAGAUGGUAUUGGGCCUGAAAUCUCUGCUGCUGUGGCGAAGAUUUUUGAAGCUGCUAAGGUCCCUGUUCAGUUUGAAGAAAGAAACGUGACUGCCAUCCAAGGACCGGGGGAGUGGAUGAUACCCCAAGAUGCCAAAGAUUCUAUGGACAAGAACAAAAUAGGAUUAAAAGGCCCUUUGAAAACUCCCAUCGCUGCUGGCCACCCAUCCAUGAAUUUGCUGCUCCGUAAAACCUUUGACCUGUAUGCCAAUGUCCGUCCUUGCGUGUCCAUCGAGGGCUACAAGACCCCUUACACGGAUGUGGACAUCGUCACCAUACGAGAGAACACGGAAGGCGAAUACAGCGGCAUCGAGCACGUGAUUGUGGAUGGCGUUGUGCAGAGCAUUAAACUCAUCACCGAGGACGCUAGCAAGCGAAUUGCUGACUUUGCUUUCGAAUAUGCCAGGAAUAAUCAGAGGAGCAAAGUUACGGCUGUGCACAAAGCUAAUAUUAUGAGAAUGUCCGAUGGCCUCUUUCUGAGAAAAUGCAGAGAAGCGGCGGAAAACUGUAAAGAUAUUAAGUUUAACGAAAUGUACCUUGACACCGUGUGUCUGAAUAUGGUGCAGGAUCCAUCUCGGUUUGAUGUCCUCGUCAUGCCAAAUUUGUAUGGGGACAUCCUUAGUGAUCUGUGCGCGGGCUUGAUCGGGGGUCUUGGUGUGACUCCCAGUGGGAAUAUCGGUGCUAACGGAGUUGCAAUCUUUGAGUCGGUUCACGGGACAGCUCCGGAUAUUGCCGGGAAAGACUUGGCCAACCCAACGGCGCUUCUCUUGAGUGCCGUCAUGAUGCUGCGUCACAUGGGAAUGCACGACUUCGCCAUGAAAAUAGAAACGGCUUGCUUCGACACCAUCAAAGACCAGAAGGUCUUGACCAAAGAUUUAGGAGGCAACGCCAAAUGUUCGGAGUUCACCGCCGAGAUCUGCAGAGUGAGAGCCAUGGAAUAGAAGUCUUCCCCUGAGUCCUCCUGGUUUCAAUCCCUCCCGAAAGGAUGCUGUUAUUUAUUACACGUCACGUCCAUUUCCAUUGCUUGAAAUGAUAACAUUGUUAGCUACCCUUACAUUUCAGACCCUUCCACUUUCCAGAAACACUCCAAAACUUGAAGUAUUUUUUUUUUCUCUCCCCAGCAGUAAAAAGACACUCCUCAAGCUGUUCUUAAGCAGCUUCCUGGCCUUAAAAAUAGCACAAAAUUAAAAACAAAAAAUUCCUUUGGAAAUAGAAUUAUUUUUUCAUUACUCACUCCUGGAAGCUGCCCUUCCAAAGCAUCAAGACUUGAAACGGGGGGCAUUUCAAACUCGUGUACAUUAAAAUGUCAAAUAUCCAGAUUUUAAGGGCAGAAGGAAUAUCAUUCAGCAGUAAAACUAACAUGUUAUCCUGUUACAGCUUCAGUAUAUAUUUUUUUUAACACAUCAUCCCUUGCUCUAGCGUUUUCCAGCGCGGAUCUAUUCUAUCAAUUGCCUUUGUCUGCUGCUGAUUAUGAAGGGAAUGCUAAUGCUUUUUAAAAAAAAUAAUAUUUAUCUCGGUGAAUAUCAAAUAUAUAUAUUUUGGGGUUAGAAUGUAUCUGCAGGCCAUUCGUAUCGUGCUUGGAGUUUAUAGAGCUUUGGGUUAUAUUUCAGUGCGCUGCUCUGCAAUGAACUGAGUUCAAGGCACUACAGUAAAAAAAAAAAAAAAAA